AUGACUCUUUUUCUUCGUUUUUUGCUGGCGAAGCAAGGGCAGAUUUUUUUUCUUGGUAAUUUUCACAGCCUUCUCCGCCCUGCAUUGCCCAGUCAUCUUCUUUUUGACGGUACACUCAACCUCCACUUUGUCCUCUCUCUCCCUUUUAAAAGAGGAAGACCUAGGUUCACUUCACUUCUAUCGAUUGUUUCAGUUGGGACAGCUACUGCUCCUGCUGCUGUUACUGCGGCUAGCGAGGAUGGUGAUGCUGCUGCUGCUGCUUUUGAGGUUGCUGCUGUCACUGCUGCUUCUGCAGUUGCUACUGAGGUUGCAGCUGUCACUGCUGCUUCUGCGCUCAAGUUAGUUUCUACCAAAAUGAUUCAGGAUGCCGAAUCCGUCUCUGUAGAACCGGAAAAGCAAAAUGUCGAAAGUGUCAGCCCUCUUGUCAAACAUGAGACGAAUAUAGCCGAGAGUAAAUUGGAAAUAAUAUACAAAAUAAGUGAUGUUCCUCCUUGGUACAUGUGUAUUCUGUUGGGUCUUCAGCACUACUUGACAGCGUUCGGUAGCAACCUGAUGCUUCCAAUUGUUGUGGCAAACUUAGCUUUUUGUAUGAAUGAUGACAGCGUCGGAAUUGGUGAACUAAUUUCUACUACUUUCUUUGUAUCUGGACUGAGCACGCUGCUUCAAACUACAUUUGGAUGUCGACUUCCAAUCAUGCAAGGUGCAAGCUUUGGUUUUCUCACACCUGUUAUAACGUUAUUUUCAUUGCAAAAAUGGCAAUGUCCAUAUGCAAUAGAUCUUCCAGUGAAUAGCACUCUACCUGAGGUUGGCAGCGAGGGUCACCGUGAGAUAUGGCAACUUCGUCUCCGAGAGUUCCAGGGUUGUCUAAUGGUUGCCAGUCUGGUCCAGAUUUUGAUUGGCUUCAGUGGCUUAAUGGAAGUGUUUUUAUCUUUUGUUGGACCACUUACCAUUAUGCCUACAAUCACUUUGAUUGGACUUGGUUUGUUUGAAGUCGCAAGCCGCUAUUCUUCUGGGCUAUGGUAUAUCGCUUUCCUGACAACGGCACUGAUCUGUAUAUUUUCACAAUAUAUGAAAAAUAUUGAGGUACCCUGUUUCAUUUACAAGAAAGGCAGUGGAUGCUCAAAGAAAUCUCUUUCUUUAUUUAAAAUGUUUCCAGUAUUAUUCGCUAUUUUCAUAACCUGGAUACUCUGUUACAUUCUCACCGUCACAGACGUCUUCCCCAAAGAGAAAGGCAAAUGGGGCCACGCGGCCCGAACGGAUCUUUACACUGAUGUACUUUAUAAAUCAGCUUGGUUUCGUUUUCCAUAUCCAGGUCAGUGGGGAGUUCCAAGCGUCAGCACAGCAGGCAUACUCGGCAUUCUAGCAUCUAUAUUCGCUUCAAUUAUUGAAUCAGUUGGGGAUUACUACGCAUGUGCAAGGAUGGCUGGUGAAGCACCUCCACCUAUACAUGCUAUCAACAGAGGAAUUGGAAUGGAAGGUAUUACUUGUUUUUUGGCCGGUGCCUGGGGAGCUGCAAGUGCCAAUACAUCCUACAGCGAAAAUAUCGGUGCCAUCGGCAUCACCAAGAUUGCAAGCCUAAGAGUGAUGCAAAUUGGAGCUUCCGUGAUGAUGCUACUUGGAUGCUUGGGUAAAUUCGGCGCACUCUUUGUCACAAUUCCUAUACCAGUGAUUGGAGGAAUGUUCUUCGUCGUGUUUGGAAUGGUUGCUGCUGUUGGAAUUUCUAACCUCAGGCAUGUCUCUCUGGAUUCUUCCCGAAACCUCUUCGUGAUUGGAACUUCUCUCCUUGUCGGUUUGUCUUUACCAAUGUGGAUACAAAAGAAUCCUGGAAUGAUAAAUACCGGUAAAGUUCAUCGAAAGCAACAGGUACAUUUCCAUCGUUUCAUUACGGUUUUCUCACUUUUUACCUCCUUGUCUCUCCAAUUUACAUUUGCCACCUUGUCUCUCCAACUUGCAUUUGCCUCCUUGUCUCUCCAAUUUGCAUUUGCCUCCUUGUCUCCCAUUUGCCUCCUUCCUUGCAUUUGCCUCCUCCUUGUCUCUCCCAUUUGCAUUUUUGUCUCUCCAUUUCCUUGUCUCUCCAAUUUACAUUUGCCUCCUUGUCUCUCUAACUUGCAUUUGCCUCCUUGUCUCUCCUUGUCCUUGUCUCUAACUUGCAUUUGCCUCCUUGUCUCUCAAUUUAAUUUGCCUCCUUGUCUCUCUCAAUUUACAUUUGCCUCCUUGUCUCUCAACUCUUACAUUUGCCUCCUUGUCUCUCCAAUUUACAUUUGCCUCCUUGUCUCUCAAACAUUUGCAUUUGUCUCUCCAUUUGCCUCCUUGUCUCCAAUUUACAUUUGCCUCCUUGUCUCUCCAACUAGCAUUUGCCUCCUUGCCUUUACAUUUGUCUCUCCAACUUGCAUUUGCCUCCUUGUCUCUCCAAUUUAUUUGCCAUUUGCCUCCUUUGUCUCUCCAUUUGCCUCCUUGUCUCUCCAAUUUACAUUUGCCUCCUUGUCUCUCUCUGCCUCCUUGCAAUUUGCAUUUGCCUCCUUGUCUCCAAUUUACAUUUGCCUCCUUGUCUCUCCAAUUUACAUUUGUCUUCUUGUCUCUCCCACUUGCAUUUGCCUCCUUGUCUCUCAAAUUUACAUUUGUCUCCUUGUCUCUCUAACUUGCAUUUGCCUCCUUGUCUCUCCAAUUUACAUUUGCCUCCUUGUCUCUCCAAUUUACAUUUGCCUCCUUGUCUCUCAACUUGUAUUUGCCUCCUUGUCUCUCACUUGCAUUUGCCUCCUUGUCUCUCAAUUUACAUUUGCCUCCUUGUCUCUCCAACUUGCAUUUGCCUCCUUGUCUCUCAAUUUGCAUUUGCCUCCUUCCAUUUGCCUCCUUGUCUCUAACUUGCAUUUGCCUCCUUGUCUCCUUACAUUUGCCUCCUUGUCCAAUUUACAUUUGCCUCCUUGUCUCUCCACAUUUGCCUUUGUCUCUCCUUGUCCUUGUCUCUCAAUUUGCAUUUGCCUCCUUGUCUCUCCAAUUUACAUUUGCCUCCUUGUCUCUCCAAUUUACAUUUGCCUCCUUGUCUCUCCAAUUUACAUUUGCCUCCUUGUCUCUCCAACUUGCAUUUGCCUCCUUGUCUCUCCAAUUUACAUUUGCCUCCUUGUCUCUCUAGCUUGCAUUUGCCUCCUUGUCUCUCUAACUUGCAUUUGCCUCCUUGUCUCUCCAAUUUCCAUUUGCCUCCUUGUCUCUCCCACUUGCAUUUGCCUCCUUGUCUCUCCAAUUUACAUUUGCCUCCUUGUCUCUCUAACUUGCAUUUGCCUCCUUGUCUCCAAUUUACAUUUGUCUCCUUGUCUCUCCCAUUUGCCCUCCUUGUCUCUCCAUUUGCCUCCUGCCAUUUGUCUCCAACUUACAUUUGCCUCCUUGUCUCUCCAAUUUACAUUUGCCUCCUUGUCUCUCCAUUUGCUCCUUGUCUCUUGCAUUUGCCUCCUUGUCAUUUCUCCUUGUCUUACAUUUGCCUCCUUGUCUCUCCAUUUGCCUCCUUGUCUCUCCAAUUUACAUUUGCCUCCUUGUCUCUCUAACUUGCAUUUGCCUCCUUGUCUCUCCAAUUUACAUUUGCCUCCUUGUCUCUCCAACUUGCAUUUGCCUCCUUGUCUCUCCAAUUUACAUUUGCCUCCUUGUCUCUCCAAUUUACAUUUGCCUCCUUGUCUCUCCUUGCAUUUGCCUCCUUGUCUCCAUUUGCCUCCUUGUCUCUCAAUUUACAUUUGCCUCCUUGUCUCUAACUUACAUUUGCCUCCUUGUCUCCUCCAUUUGCCUCCUUGUCUCUCAACUUGCAUUUGCCUCCUUGUCUCUCAAUUUACAUUUGCCUCCUUGUCUCUCAAUUUACAUUUGCCUCCUUGCUCUUUGCCUCCUUGUCUCUCCAAUUUACAUUUGCCUCCUUGUCUCUCCAACUUGCAUUUGCCUCCUUGUCUCUCAAUUUGCCUCCUUGUCUCUCCAACUUGCAUUUGCCUCCUUGUCUCCAACUUGCAUUUGCCUCCUUGUCUCUCAAUUUACAUUUGCCUCCUUGUCUCUCCAACUUACAUUUGCCUCCUUGUCUCUAACUUGCAUUUGCCUCCUUGUCUCUCCAAUUACACAUUUGCCUCCUUGUCUCUCCAAUUUUUACAUUUGUCUCUCCAUUUGCCCUUGUCUCUCUAA